GGGUUUUUUUAUCUAUAAAUACGAGAUGAUUUUUGAAGUUUUAAAUCACUUUGCUAUCGAUUUUACUUCGUAUUAUUUCUAUAUCAUAGAUUCAGAUUCAAGUUUCAAUUUCUUCUUUCUCACUAGUCACUUCUCAUAUAACAAUUAAUAUAUUCAAUUUCUUUCACUUUACAGUCUAAUAUUCAGUAUUUUUUAUUAUACUAGUUAUUAUGGAUUUUACAAGUGAUGAAGUUAAUCAGUUUGACGGUAGUUCGAGUACUCCAUCUAACUACGAUGCAUGUGAAAAUGUUCCAAUUAAUUUGGAGGAUAUUGAAGAGGAAGAAGUUCAAGUACUCGAGACAAAAAGGUCAAAAAAAGAAUCAUCGGACUGUUGGCAACAUAUGACACGAAAAAAAAUUGGUGUUCAAAAUGGAGUAGAUAUUUGGAAAGCAUGUUGCAAUUAUUGUGGCAAAGAACUUAGUUGGAAGCCUGGUUCGAGCACAACGCAUUUGAAUAGACACGUAUUGAGGAGUUGCAAAGCAAAACCAGCCGAUCUCGACUCGAAACAAACCGAACUAGUGUUUGGCGGUUCUAAUUCUACUCUUUCCACUUUUGUAUAUUCACAGGAAAGAUUUCGUGAAGGAAUGGCUGCAUACGUGGCUGCAGCAGAGAUGCCGCUUACGAUGAUAGACUCAAUAAACUUUAUCCGACUCGUGCAGAAAUAUCUCCAACCGAGUUUGUGUGCAGAGUAUGGAUUACAGGAGAAAUCAUUUGCCACUGAUGUAACACACAGGUGGAACUCUACAUAUCUUAUGUUACAUUCGUGUGAAAAUUACGAUAAAGUGAUUUCACUAUAUUAUAAUGGUAGACAUACACUCGGACCCGAACAUAAUUUGGAAGAUUGGGAAUGGACUAUUGCAUUUUACGUGAAAAAAUUCUUACAACCUUUUUUCGAUGCAACAAAGGAAUGUAGCGGUGUUUAUUACCCUACAUCUUCUCUUGUUUUACAACAUUUUUUCUACAUUUCACAAGCAUUUCAUAAAUAUAGGAAUUUGCCACUUUUUGCUGAUGUAGUCCGCUCUAUGGAGUUAAAAUUUUGUAAAUACUGGGAAGAGUUGCCUUCUUUAUUUUCUUUUAGCUUCAGUAAUGGACCCUCGACUUAAUUUAACUGGCACAAAAACUACUGUAAAGGGGAUAUCAGAUUUUUUGAAUAUAGAAUUAUCACAUGUGCAUAUAGAAUCUUUUUUAUGUGAAAUGUAUAAUUAUUAUGCUGAAAAGGAAGGUCAGCGUAGUUCUACUUCCCAAAGUUCUUUUUCAAGAAAUAUUACAACAAAUCCCGAAACUUUAUGGAAUUAUUUAGAUAGCAAUACAAGUGCUCCUUCAUUUAGUUUUAGUUCUAGCUCAUCAACAUCUAGAGCGAUCAAUAUUGGUGGUACAAAUCUUGAAAUUCCUUCUGAGUUAGCUAGGUAUAUGUGCGUGGAUGUUCGUAGUGUGUUGCAACCGCACGAAUUACAAGAAUUUAGUCUUUUAAAUUGGUGGAGAUGUAACGAAAGGCAAUAUCCAAUUGUAUCAAAAAUUGCACGUGAUCUACUAACACCUCCGGUGUCUACGGUAGCAUCGGAGGCUGCAUUCAGUUUAGGUGGUCGAAUUUUAUCAGAUGAACGAUCAAGACUAAAAGAAGAUAUAUUGGAGGCUUUGAUAUGUUUGAAGGAUUGGGAAUGUGCAGAAUUACGUGUUCAAGAACAUGUUGAUAGUAUAAUGGCCGAAGAGUUGCAGCAUAUCCAAACAUAGGAUGUUGUAAGUUUUUAAAUUAAUUAUUUUUCUUUAAGAAAUGUAUUUUUUAAAUUUAUUUGAUUCAAAAAAAUUGUACACGAAAUAUUUUAUUCGUAUACAAUUUUAACUCCGCCUACGUUGAUUGUAGCCGGUCCCAAGCCCGGAAAAAGGAGGAGGGUUGUAAUUUGUAACUUUUAUUUAUUUUGUUAUUCGUAUAAAUUACAUAAUUUUGAAAGUUGUACUUUUAUUUAAUUUGUAAUUUGUAUAAAUAAUAAAUGAUGCAAUUUUUAAAUUCUUUCAAAAAAAUGUCAUUCAACAAUUUGCACCACAACAAUUAGCAU